GGGUACCAAAGCUCCUCAUAUCACCUAACAUCUCAACAAUUUAAAAAAGAAGAAGAAUGACUACUUCUGAUUGUCCCUUUGCAGCGCAUUGUUAAUACAAAUGAGUCAAGGUUUACUGUGUUGCCAUAAAGCGAGUGUGGAGGUAAAGGAGGCGAUUGGAACUUUGUGUAAAUUACUCAUGGCUACCGGACUCCAACAUGUCCCGACGCCGGAGACGUUUAGACUGGCGAAGUUUGACAACGUCAAUGUGGAAGAUCGAUUGUGGCAGCUGCUCGUCAACAUCUUGCAGACGACAACUGUGUCCUCUGUUGGCUGUACACGGAUGAUAAACGUCACCGGUGAGCGUAGGACGUUGGUGAGCACAGGCCUGUGGCAGAGUGGUUACCAUGCGCGCUGGAUGUAUCGAAAGGAGGUGGGAGGAGUAUCUAGUAGGGACCUCCUUCUGGCACUUGGCUGGCUGCUUGCUUCUGGAACCCUAGAGAAACUUCUGACCCAACGAGUACAAAUGGACAAAACACUACUCCCACGCAUACAUAUGAAAGUUGAGAUUCCUCAGGAUACCCUGGUUGAGAACAGCUCAGUGAGAAGACUUCUGUGGCUCAUUGGUUGCCUGAAACACCAGGGACGGAUACUGCUAUCCAUGCAGGAUGAGCAAGCCUCUUUGUUACAUACUGUUUUUUCUACGAGUCUACCUUCUGGAUUAUCUUCGUCUGGUCAAUGUUCUACAGCUCUGAUUGAGACAUGCACUGGUGUACAGGAGCUUUGUGACCUUCUUGGAUUGUACCUCAACUGGAAGCAGGUGGAAAACGUUUUCUGGAUCUGGAUGGAAAGUGUGGUGGAUUACCAAGUGAAGGACGCUGUCACUGAGAGCCCUAUGGAAAUUGUCACGAGGGGAGCAGAUGCUUGCCACCCUGGACAGUUGGCUGUAGACGAGCUCGAGGAUGUAUUGCUGAGAGUGAAAACCGUGCAGAAAGGACAGAAGACUGGGAGAGGGGAUGCUACGAAUAGAAAAUGCAGACUUCAGGAUACCUUGGAGACUUCCAGUGAGCAGCCAUAUUUUGACUCUUUACCUCCAUUGCUGUCUGUCUCUCAGCCAUACAGAGCCAGAUUCCAAGUUAAGACGCUCAACAGCUGCUCAUUUAAGAAUUUACCUGGUAUGGUUAAGGAGACAAACGAGGUGCCAGUGUCUCACAUUUUAGAGCUGCUCACUCACACUGAGCGACGGCUGCAGGAGGGGAGGGACACACAGAGACUGGCGAACAGGAUGCAGCUGCAGGAGAUGAUUGGCAGACUGAACAAGCUUGUGCUGAUAAUGCUGCAAACAUAAAUUAUUUUUCAAUUUCUUAAUUUUCAGCGCAUUGUUAACAUAUGGGUGAUAUUUUAGGCAAAGAAAACAAGGAUAAUUUUCCCUACAAUUUGAUCAAUUAUGGUAAAGACAUGGCUCACUGCAUUUUUUUUUUUAUUUUACUGACAUAUGCAUUUGAAUUAUUUUUAUCCACCAAAAAGUCAGUUUUGUAAAAAGUAAUAUCUAAAGCAAUGUUUUUCCAAAUUUUUAAUGCCAAAAUGUUGUCUUGAAAUGAAGUUUAUAUAUAAUGUGUAUAUAUACAUUCUAUCACACACACAUAUAUAAAGAUAGGUGGACGGAGAGAGCCUGAGUGAAUAGCUCGUGUGUGUGUGUGUAUGUUGUGUCUGAGUAACCGUGAGUCGGUAAAUGUGUGAGUGGAUAACUGAGCAGGUUACUCUGAUUCUUGAAACGUUUGUUCCAUUUGUAAAUGUUAAUAAACGGUAAUGUAGGCCCACAAACAUCA